AUGAAGUUCCUUAGCAUCCUCUCUCUCGUCUCUUUCGCUUCGGCUGCACCUGCUCUGCAGGCCCGCCAGAACACGGCGAUUGGUACCGUGAAGAAUGCUGUCGCGACGCUCGAUAGCGCCACAAAGGGCAACAUCCAGGCUAUCCAGGAUGCCGUCGCCGAGGUUAAGAACAAUGUGGAAGCCCAGGUUGAGGUUGUUCUAAAGACCAACAUCCAGGGCAUCGCCGACGCACUGAAGAAGGCCACCGAUGACAUUGUUAAGGGGACCACAGGCGCCGGUGGUGCCAUCGGCGGGGAUCUCAAGGAUCUCACUCAGGCUCAAAUCAACGAAGUUCGUGAUGCCAUUGCUGCUGCGCAGCGUAUCCUCCGCGAUAUCGGCGCCACUGUGCGUCUGACCGCCACGGACCUUACUCCUGCCCUCAAGAGCGCUAUUCAGAGCGAGGUCGAUGCUGUUAAGGCGGCCAUCCAGCCCUUCGUCACACCUCUGACGACCUUCGGUGAGGCUGCCAAGGCUGCGAGGGCUAGCCUUGCCGUUGGCAUUACUGGCCUUUCUACCGUUAUUGCCGAGCUCGGCGGUAUCCUGUCUCGACUGAUUGCUUCGAUUGGGCUGUAA